CAAUUCCAAUUUCCACACGUAUUGAAUUUCGUCUUCUCUGAUCAAGUAGCCUGUGUUCCAAAGCUUGGAACUUGGAAAUUUGGUCAUCGACUAUAUUUUGCACUCUCUCACACGAGAAAGAGUAGGAAAGAAAAAUGUUUUUUGACGGAUAUGGGUAUCACGGGACAUCAUUCGAGCAGACAUUUCGGUGUUACUCUGCUUCUUUUAUAGAAAAGCCCCAAAUUGAAAGUGGUGAUAAAAUUAUAAUGCCUCCUUCUGCCCUUGACCGUCUAGUAUCACUACACAUUGAUUAUCCAAUGUUGUUUGAACUCAGAAAUGGUGUUUCUGAGCGGGUUUCUCAUUGUGGGGUUCUGGAGUUCAAUGCAGAUGAAGGCACUAUAUAUAUGCCAUACUGGAUGAUGCAGAAUAUGCUUUUGCAAGAGGGUGACACUGUAAGAGUGAAAAAUGUUUCACUUCCAAAGGGAACAUAUGUUAAAUUACAACCCCACACAAAGGACUUCUUGGAUAUUUCAAAUCCAAAAGCUAUCUUAGAGACCACUUUGAGAAAUUUCUCCUGCUUGAGCACCGGAGAUACUAUCAUGGUGGCAUACAAUAACACAAAAUAUUACUUAGAUAUUAUAGAAACAAAGCCCGCUAACGCAAUAAGCAUCAUCGAGACAGACUGUGAGGUGGACUUUGUUCUUCCCUUGGAUUACAAAGAACCUAAAAAACCCAUUGCACCUCUUGCUAAAGCUAAGUUCAACCCAUUUUCUGGAACUGGGAGACGCUUGGAUGGAAAACCAACUCCUCCUGUUUAUUCUUCAGGGCCUACUGACAAGGGACCCUAUGUUCCAAAUGUCAAUUCAUUGUCUUCUGCAGCAUCUAGUUCACCAAGUAGCGCUCGUCCAUCUCAGGGAAAAAUAGUAUUUGGAUCAGAUGUUUACCGUGCUAAAGAAAUGGGAAAAGAAAAAACUCAGUCAAAACAAGAGCCACCCCAUCAGAAACAAACAAAAUUUCAGCCUUUUAUUGGGAAGAAGUAUUCCCUAAAGGGUUGAUUGAUAUAAAAUCAAAUGCCCUGUACUUCUGUAGUAGUUUAUUAAGCUGGCCCCUGUAUAACUCAAAUAAUACAACAAAACUUAAGUAUUAUAUAUUUUUCUUCGGUAAUUAUAAGUUAAAGGGAAGGGGGCUCAACUCCAUUCAAAUAUCAGGGGGCAUACCAUAGAUAUUAGUCAACAGUGAUACUUGUAGUGUUAUGUAAUGUUUUUUAUAAUGAGUAGAUAGAACAGAAGAAUGCCUCAGCAAGAUAAGUACAUUGUCAGAUUUUUACCA